CGCUGUUCCUCUGGCGUGUGGUAGUGUAGUGUUGACGUGUCUCUAAAGCGCUCUCCUCCUUCAGCUCAGCGCUUCUCUCUCUCUCUAACCCGGGCGGCGGAGCGCACCGGCAGCAUAGCUCACUGGGACUUCAUAUAGUGACCGGGAUUUCAGGAGACCGUCACCAUGGGAAUCAAGUUCUUGGAGGUUAUAAAACCAUUUUGUGCGGUUUUGCCGGAAAUCCAGAAACCAGAAAGAAAGAUCCAGUUCAGAGAAAAAGUGCUAUGGACCGCCAUCACAUUGUUCAUCUUUCUUGUUUGCUGUCAGAUCCCACUUUUUGGGAUCAUGUCUUCAGAUUCCGCAGAUCCAUUCUACUGGAUGAGAGUCAUCUUGGCAUCCAACAGAGGUACUUUGAUGGAGUUGGGUAUCUCUCCCAUUGUGACCUCUGGUCUGAUCAUGCAGCUUCUGGCUGGAGCUAAAAUCAUUGAGGUUGGAGACACACCUAAAGACAGAGCGCUCUUCAACGGAGCUCAGAAAUUGUUUGGUAUGAUCAUCACCAUUGGUCAGGCUAUUGUGUACGUCAUGACUGGAAUGUAUGGAGACCCUUCAGAGAUGGGUGCUGGCAUCUGUCUGCUGAUCAUCAUUCAGUUGUUUGUGGCCGGUCUGAUCGUGUUGCUGCUGGAUGAGUUGCUGCAGAAAGGUUAUGGUUUGGGCUCUGGUAUCUCGCUCUUCAUCGCCACCAACAUCUGUGAGACAAUCGUUUGGAAGGCAUUCAGCCCAACCACAGUCAACACAGGCAGAGGUACUGAGUUUGAGGGAGCCGUUAUUGCUCUGUUCCACCUGUUGGCCACUCGUACUGAUAAAGUUCGAGCUCUGAGAGAAGCCUUCUACAGACAGAACCUGCCCAACCUCUUGAACCUCAUCUCUACAGUCUUUGUCUUUGCUGUGGUCAUAUACUUUCAGGGCUUCAGAGUUGACCUGCCCAUCAAAUCUGCACGUUACCGUGGCCAGUACAACACAUAUCCCAUCAAGCUGUUCUACACCUCCAACAUUCCCAUCAUCCUGCAGUCUGCUCUGGUCUCUAACCUAUACGUAAUCUCACAGAUGCUCUCCACCCGCUUCAGUGGGAAUUUCCUGGUCAACCUCCUGGGGACUUGGUCUGAUACCUCAUCCGGUGGUCCGGCUCGUGCCUACCCUGUUGGCGGUCUGUGUUACUAUCUGUCUCCUCCGGAGUCAUUUGGUUCUGUGCUUGAAGACCCAGUCCAUACUGUGAUCUACAUUGUGUUCAUGCUGGGAUCCUGUGCCUUCUUUUCUAAGACCUGGAUUGAAGUUUCUGGAUCAUCCGCCAAAGAUGUGGCCAAGCAGCUGAAAGAACAGCAGAUGGUGAUGAGGGGACACAGAGAGACCUCCAUGGUUCAUGAACUCAACAGGUACAUCCCCACAGCGGCUGCAUUUGGUGGACUGUGUAUCGGAGGCCUUUCAGUAAUGGCUGACUUCUUGGGUGCCAUCGGCUCUGGAACAGGAAUCUUAUUGGCUGUUACAAUCAUCUAUCAGUACUUUGAAAUAUUUGUUAAGGAACAGAGUGAAGUUGGCAGCAUGGGAGCGCUACUCUUCUAAAGAAAAAAGAAAAAAAAAGACACUCACAGAAUCACACAUACACAUACUUGCUGACACCGUAUAAAACACUUUUAUUAUUUUUAUGAUUGUUGUUGUCAUUUUAUUUUUUAUUUCUGUAUGGUUUGAGCAUUCAAAAUGGUCUGUCACGAGUGCUGUCUUGGGAGAACAUGUUCUUAGGUGUUAGUUCCAGCUGAGCGUUUUCUCCUUUUUGUCAGAAGUGGCAAAACGUUUCUAAAAUUCAGUGCUGAAGCUGAACUUCAGUGAUGGGACAGUGAAGAUGGACUCUGUGAACUCUGACUAGGAAUACUUGGGAGUUUUUCCUUCUCAGUCUGUCCUUCCUCCGUCUCAUUGCGUCACUGAAUCCCUUCAUUCACCCUUAUGUUUACCUCUUGUCUGAUUCAAGUUAUACUAGUUAAAAGGAUUUUUCAGAAAGUUUUGCUGAUAUUGAGUGAUUGACUUACUCUACACUGCCAAGUUUGUCUCCACACACACAGACUGUCUCUGUUACGUCUCAGUUUGUCAUAUAUCGGUCUUGUAUGUCAUAUAUGCCCCCCCCCCCCCCCACCAAUAAUUGCUGCCGUUUAGUGUUAGACUCACUCUAGCUCCUCAUACUUAAUUUAAAUAUAAAAAAUGUGAUGGUUUAAUUAUGGCAAAAGAUCUGAAAGCCAAACAGAGGGGUUUGGUUUCCAGUCAGCAGAAUAGUUUGUUGUCGGAGGAAAUGCAACACAGUGUGGUACCAAUGGCAUGGGGUUUUUUUUGUGCGCGUGUAUUCAUUUACACUGGUAUCCUUUUGUACAGAAUACAAAAGUUACACGGUAGGCUUCGAGGAUUUUCAGUUUUUCAGGCAGACAGCGCUGGUUACAUCUGAAGUCAGUUUACUUUCAAAAUGAAGCCCUAUUACUGUAUCAUUGGGUGUCUAUAUAUGACAUUUAAUGCAGUGUGCAACCAUGUAAAAUAAAUCUUUCCCUUUUCUUUUUUCUUUCUUUUUUUUUAACGAUGUAAAAAGAAGUGUUGCGAACAAAUAUUCAGCAAAGACUGAUUCUUCUCAAUAAAAACUCAUUUUUGGGAGGUAA